AUGGAAACUAAUUGGUUUUCUAUAGUGAUGAGGGGUGGGUUUUACUUGCUCUAUAAACAGGACAAUUCGACUAAGUUUGUUGAAAUACAGCUGUCAGCAAAUGACUUGAUCGCCCAGAAGCGUGCUGAAAUCGCCGCCAAACUCGCUGCCAUCCAAAAGUCUCAAGGAAUUGCUGCAAAGGCGCCCAAUCUAGUCGCCCCAGCGCCCAAAGUUCCUAUUGCAGCGCCGACUGCGCCGUCUAAGGUCGUUCUUCCCGGUACCCCAUCACCAGCAAUCUCGACACCAGCAUCCGGGUCUGCGUCAGGGACCCCUGGAAUUUCAGAUGACCUGGCUCGCAGGGUAGCAGAGGCUAAACGACGUGUCGCGGAGGCUCAGAGCAAAUUGGCUAUUAAGGAUAACCCGUACAUGUCCAUUGCUAGUGUCGCCAAGAAGAAAGGAGGAGCCUCUGUCACCCCAAUUGAGCAACCUCAACAAGGCGCUGGACUGAAAAUGGCUGCCCAUCCAUUGCUCCUCGACCAGACACCAGUUCUUUCCCAGUCGAAGAAGGACAGGUACAAGCCAAUGCAGCCCAAGUUCGCUUCGAUCAAGGCCAAUGUUCGAAAUGCACCUUCACCCUCGCCUGCUCCAGUUCCUGUGUCAACUCCCACCCCGGUUGCCAAUCCAUACAGCGCUGCUGCUGGGAAGGAAGCAACCUCCACUGGUUUUGAAGGCGCCCCUCGAGAACGCGCUGGACGAAGCUUCCGGUUCAACCCCAAGGGAAAAUAUGUUGCUAUGGCCAACCAAAUGAGGCACGAGCAACAGUUGGAAGAGUUGAAGCAGCGUAUCGCGGAGAGUGCCAGGAAGGCUGGCUUGGACAGUGAACUAGGGAUUGAGAAAAACAUCAAGAGGGCGCCGCCUCCCGAGAGCGAGUGGUGGGAUACCAGUUUACUUCCCAACAAGAAGUAUGACGACAUUGAGACGCUUGGGAUGGAGAAGCUCAACAUCCGCACGCAAGACUCUCCGAUCACCCUGUACAUCCAACAUCCUAUUCCAAUUCCUGCCCCUGGUGAUAAGAACACUGUUGCCCUCAAACCACUGAUGCUCACCACCAAGGAGCAGAAGAAGAUGAGGAAACUGCGCCGCAAAGAGGCGUUGCAAGACAAGCGCGAUCGUCAAAAAAUGGGCUUGCUGCCUCCUGACCCUCCUAAGGUCCGUUUAUCCAACCUUAUGAAGGUCUUGACCUCGGACGCCGUCCAAGACCCAACCCGUGUCGAAGCACGCGUACGACGUGAGGUCGCAAUGAGGAAGCACAAUCACGAGAGGAUGAACGCCGAGCGCAAACUCACGGACGAGCAACGCAGAGAGAAGAAGGAAAAUAAGAAGUUGGAGGAGGAGAAACGCGGUAUUUAUGGCGCAGUCUACAAGGUCAAAUACCUCGGGGACCCAGCGCACCAAUUCAAAGUCCGUAAGAACGCCGAACAGCUCAACCUUACGGGUAUCUGCAUCUUCAAUCCUCAAUUCAAUCUCGUUUAUGUGGAAGGCGCAGCCAAGUUUAUGAAAAACUACAAGCGUCUCAUGUUGCACCGUAUCGCAUGGACGGAGCCUGCCCGGCCUCGCGGAGGAGAGGAGGUGGAACUUGAGGACCCCAACUCUGACGUGGAAAACGACGAGGAGGGUGCAGGGUCCUCAUCUAAAGGCAAGGCCCGCGCUAUGUCUGCGGGCGCAGAUGAUGCCGCCAAGUUGCUGGAGGAUAACAAGUGCUGGCUCGUGUGGGAGGGCGUGUUGAGAGAUCGGGCAUUCUCUGGGUUCAAAGCCAGGAGUUGCCCUACUGAUCGGGAUGCGAAGGAAUUGCUUGGGGAGAAGUUGAGGGGAUACUGGGAUCUGGCGAAGAACUGGAAGCCGGAGGAAGAAGAGCUGUUCUGA